AUGUGGCAACCUAAACAGCCUGGGUUGGAGAUGAAGCCUGAAGCUUCAGGAAUAGGGCAAAAAAGAAAAUACCACGAUGAAAGUGUGACAGAGAUAGAGUCUGAACCUUUGGGACAAGAACCAAAAAGGAAAUGCCAGGAUGGAACAGGGAUGGUAUUUAAAGAGCCUGGCAAGGAGCCUCGAGAUCAAGAGCUCCCGAGAGAACAUCCUAGCAAGGGUCAGGUACGGAAACCCCAGGGAAAGACUCCAAAACAACUAGAACCCCUAGAGUUGACCGAAGGAUCUCCAGAGCAGGUUGUAACUGGGAGGAAGCCUGCUGAUGGUGGCAAGGGUCACAAGCGGCCCUAUUCCGUCAUGGAAGAAAACGAACAAAGCCCCCAAAAGGAAAAAUACGGAAGGUUGCUUCAACACCUUCAGUGCGACCAAGAUGUGAGUUCAGACCCACACAGGCCUCACCCGUUCCUUACAAACACCUGGAAGAUCAAAGGGGGCGAGUCAGAAGACAGUCGUGGAUCAGAAAGAACUCAGAGCGAUCGAGAACCAUCUACUGUUGUUGCUCUAAAAGAAUGUCUUUCACCAGAGGAGAGAGAGAAGUGCUGUUCUGAGGAGAAAUGUGUUACAGAGAAGAAAGAUUGUAUAAAGGGUGAAGGAAGAAGGGGGAACAGCUUGGAGCCUGAUUUACCAGGAACACAGGCUCAGAUCAUCCUGGAUAGUGGCAAAGGCAAUAGCUUAUUCCCCAAUAAGGUGGCAGUCCUUGCGGCAGAGAAAAAGCCUAUUACAGACCGAGGAAAAGGCAGAGAAAUGGAUCAAAUCCUUGAUAUUACAGAGGACAUGGAGAAGGAAAUUGAGAAUGCAUUGGGUCCAGGACCCCAAGAGGAAAUCCUAAGUUCCAGAUUCAAGUUGCAAAUCAGCAGAGGAGACAUCCAGACGCUGGAGAACGGUCAGUGGCUCAAUGAUGAGGUCAUCAAUUUCUACAUGAACCUUCUGGUUGAGAGAAAUGAAAACCAAGGCUACCCGGCUCUGCAUGUCUUUAGCACUUUCUUUUACCCCAAGCUAAAGCAUGGCGGUUACAGUUCCGUGAAAAGAUGGACUCGAGGCAUCAAUCUCUUUGAAAAAGAACUCAUCUUGGUGCCUAUUCACCAGAGGGUACACUGGAGCCUGGUGGUAAUCGAUUUAAGAAAACGAAGUAUUGUAUACCUCGAUUCCAUGGGGCAGACAGGGAAGUCUAUCUGUGAGACCAUCUUCCAAUAUUUACAAAAUGAGAGCAAGACACGCAGGAACGUUGAGCUGGACCCUUUGGAGUGGAAGCAGUACAGUGUGACAUCAGAGGAGAUUCCUCUGCAACUGAAUGGGAGUGACUGUGGAAUGUUUACCUGUAAAUAUGCAGAUUACAUCGCUAGGGACCAGCCUGUGACCUUUUCUCAGCAACACAUGCCCACCUUCAGGAAGAGGAUGGUCUGGGAAAUCCUGCACAGUCAAUUACUGUAACAACAUCCACCUGGUUGCUAUGGUCCCCAUCCCUGUACUUUUCCAUCGCUGUUUCUAAUAUACCUCAGGUAGGGUGAGUUGAAGAGACUUAAAACAGGUACUGAGCUGCCUGAAUAGAUGAAGCCCACUCUCUUCAAUAGAGUCCUAACGUGGGAUGUGGGACUGAUGCCCUAAUGCCAUCUCUAGGAUGCGUGCAACUAUUGCAAGCUUAGAAACUGCUGCUGACAAACCAAAAGGAGACCACGUGUUUUAGAAAUCCUGUUUCAAUGAUGGAUUUAGUCAA